GCCGCGACUGCCGGACAGUUAAUUGCCCGCGAGGCCGACGACGUCCUCCCCACGACCCCCCACAGCCCUACGGCCCCACGUUCCGUCCUCCUUUACUUCCUUAUCACCAGCCGUCGACGGUCCGGCACGCACGGCCCGCUUCUUUCUUUACCGCCACCACCACCACCAUAGCCAGCAGUGCCCUCCCCAAGCUGAUUGAGCCAUGACGGAGCGUCUCAAGCCACUGGGCGAGGUGACGCGCCUCAGCGACUCAGUCAUUCGAGUCCUGGGAGGCAAUCCAGGCAAAUUCACACUACAGGGCACAAACACCUACCUCAUUUCCCCGCCAAGGGCCACGGCAACACCCACAACCCCCGUCCAAACUGUCCUCGUAGACACGGGUGAGGGCGUUGAGUCGUAUGCGCUCCUGCUGCAGGCGGUGCUGGACGGCAAGGAUGCGCGGGCCGGCUCCUCGCAACGGUGGAUCUCCGACAUACACCACGACCACGUCGGCGGACUGCCAUCGGUGCUCGAGAUGCUCUCGCGGCGGGCACCUGCGCCGUCGCCGCCCAAGCUCCACAAGUUCCCCGACCAGGCCAGCGACGGCCUCCUCUUUGAGCAGCUCAAGAAGCUGCCCGCGAAGCGCUUCCAGCCUCACAACGGCCUCGACGGGCCCUCGCCCAUUCGCCCACUCAAGGACGGCGACACCAUCGAGCUCGACGAUGUCACGCUCCAGGCUGUCCACUCGCCGGGCCACACGGCCGACCACAUCUGCAUCCUCCACCACGGUGAGCGUGCCCUGCUCACGGGCGACCACGUCCUGGGCCAGGGCACGACGGUAUUUGAAGAUCUCGCGUCGUACCUCUCGAGUCUGCGCACAUGCGAGAAGGUCCUCGAGGGAGCUGGACCCACGCAAGUGGACGAGGUGGAGGGUGGACUCGCAGAGAGGAGCGAAGAGAGAAAGGAGGGGGAAAACAGGCUCUAUCCAGCUCAUGGACCCAUCAUCGAGAACGGCAAGGCGACGCUGCGCGAGUAUGUGCGGCAUCGCAUGGAGCGUGAGACCCAAAUCAUCGAGCUGCUGGCCAAGCCGAGCCCCGACGAGGAAGAGGAAGGCAGCGGCGAGCAGGGCCACUCCCAGUGGUCAAUCAAGAGCCUCGUCUCGGAUCUGUACAAGUCCUACCCGGAGCACCUCUACCCGGCGGCAGCGCGGGGCUUGUUCCUACAUCUCGGCAAGCUGGCCCAGCCAGACAAAGAGUAUGAGGGCGUCACAUCGGCCGAUGGAGCGAGGGUGGAGUGCGUGGGACACCAGGUGGUGCCCAGGAUGCCCCAGUCCGACGGCGAAUGGCUCCAGCUCAUGGAGUCUCGAUGGAGGCUCCUCGGCGACAAGGCAAAGCAAAAGGGUUCCCUGUAGAAAAUUCCUUUCUUGACUGCGUGCUCUCAGAACUCGCUUAUCACAAGUGCAUGGCGUCCAGUGUGCACGCUUGUCUUUAUCAUGGACAAUACCCCUCCUCAAAAUGUGAUUUCAUUAGCAGCUACGCCCCAGCAUUGACCUCCUCUGUGGC